AUGCGUUUUAAAUCGACGGUCCCACGCUCUGCGCUUGUCAUAUCAUCCGUUGUCCGUUGUGUACUUAGCGAACACGGUGUCUACGCAGAGGCAGUAGACGAAUUACCCUCAUGGGCUACAGACAACACUUUGCAAUUGCAAUUGUCCGCCGACUCGACCAACUACGCCGUCAUCCCACUCAGCGAGAGUCUCACGCUGCCCAAUUCCGAGUCGCAGGCAGGGAAUGUUAGUAUCAAUGGCAAUUUGAAGGCUGUUACCGAAUCGAAUUAUCUGAAAUUCACGAGCCACGACGAUGUAGCCUACAUGAGCUGCGACAAACCGAACGACGAUGCGAGCAUUGAUCCAGCCCACAUGAUCGAGGAGUUGAUGAAGCAAACUCCCAGGGCGAUUGUGCUCUACUCCACCGCCAACAACAGGUGCGCUCUGAGGAACAGGCAGGGACUACGAUACACCAGAAUCCUUUCCAUGGUGGACCCGGGAGAGGCUACGACCGUGCUCAGCCAUCUCAACGGCACAGACCGGGGCGAAACGGUCGACGUCAAGAUGUACGGCAACAUUACGAAUUUUGAUGUAUCGGAAGACGAGCACGGUCAAGGUUCUCACUCGGCUGUUGCUAUGAGUGUUCUUUAUAGUAUAACAGGACUGAUUACGUUCCUUUUCGUCGUUAUCGUCGCCAUUGGAGCCGUCAGAGCCCAUCGUUAUCCGGAACGAUAUGGACCAAGGCGUGCCAACGGGGGCCGUCCUCGACAGAGCAGGGCCAAGGGCCUUGCGAGGGCCGUUUUGGAUACGCUGCCAAUUGUCAAAUUUGGGGACAAGCAGCAAGCCAAGCCCGAUCCAGACCUAGAGAUGGAGACUGCAACUACCGAAGGCCAGUAUCCUCCGGCAGAGCGCGUCACAUCGCAGUCUACGCAACAGGGCGAGCCGAGCACCAGAUCCUCGUUUGCGAGCUCUCACUUCACUUCUACCACAGGCACAGGGACUGCGGAGGAUAGUCUUCGGUGUUCCAUUUGUACAGAUGAUUUCAGAGUUGGGGAAGAUGUCCGGGUUCUCCCAUGUGAUCAUCAAUAUCAUCCUCAAUGUAUCGAUCCUUGGCUCAUCAACGUCUCCGGCACAUGCCCUCUAUGUCGUCUUGAUCUGCGCCCUGGACAGAAUAAUUCAAAUGGUGUUUCGCCGGCUGGCGAGCAGGCGCUGCCACCUCCGCUUACUUGGGAGUUUGAUGAGCACGACUCUGUGCCCGACUCAUACCGUCACAGGCUGUCCCGCCUCUUUGACGUCAAUCGACUUAGACAGGCAUCGGUGGAGGAGCAGAUGGAGAUGUUACGGCAGCUGCGUGAAGUUAGGAUCGCCCGCGAGUCGCCGGAAACCGGGGAUGUGCAACCUUCGGAGGCUGAGGAGCGUCAGCAGGGCGCACGGUUUGCGUCUCGUUUGCGAGAGCGGUUUCGUAUCUCGACCAGGGCUCAAUCCGCGAACGCAAGGUGCUGA